GAAGUUGUGGCCACGGACCAUCUCCUCCAAUUAUGUUGCUCAGCGUCAGACCUGUGCAACAUCUACGUGCAAAAUCUUUUCUUCUCGCUGGCAGGCUCCGUGCCGGAGGAAUUUUGAUCCCGAGAGCGCACAAGUCUUUGUCGGCCGUCUCAAAUCCUAUCCCAGCCACCUUCAUCAGAGGCGGGACAUCAAAGGGCAUAUAUCUGAAGCGCAGUGACCUCCCAGACGAUGUUGCAGACUGGGACCCAAUCUUCCUGGGGAUCAUGGGCUCUCCCGAUCCCAAGUACGGCAGGCAGCUGAAUGGCAUGGGCGGCGGCAUCUCCAGUCUGUCGAAGAUUUGUGUUGUCGGGGAGCUUUCAGAAGAGCAACGUCAGGAGGGCAUCGAUAUCGAGUAUACCUUCGCGCAGAUCGGCAUCCGCGACGAGAUCGUCGAUUACUCCGGGAACUGCGGGAACCUCUCAAGCAUGAUCGGUGCGUUCGCGAUGGACGAGGGCCUGUGUCAGCCAUCAACGGUUGACAUCUCCGCUCGUGUCCCGACGGCGACGGUCCGCUCCUUCAACACAAACACAAAGAAGCGUGUCGAUACUACGUUCCCGGUGUCGGUUGAAGACGGCAAGCCCGUCCCGCUCUUGAACCUCGAACAAGAAACCAUUGCGGGCGUGUCGGGUAAGGCCUCCAAGAUCAUCCUGGACUUCGUAUCUCCAAGUGGCGCACGCACUGGGAAGCUCCUCCCAUCCGGACAUCACGUGGAUGCCGUCCCUUUCACACUGGAAGAUGGUACGGUCAAGGAGGUUCCAAUGUCACUCGUAGAUGCCACCAAUCCCACCGUGUUCAUCAUGUUGGAUGACCUUCGGGAGGCUCUCCAGCAGCCGGUGGACGUGGACUUUACCAGCGUGCCGAUAGAGCUGGUCAUCGAGAAUCUUCGCCAGAUCGGCGCGAAGCGCAUGGGUCUUGACCCCCUCAUGGAAGCGCAGCCGAAGAUCGCCAUAAUAAACGAGCCAGCGCCAGACGACGAGGAGGCUGAUAUUGUCGUGCAUGCGUACUCCAUGGGCGUGCUGCACAAGGCUGUGCCCAUGACGGUAGGGCUCUGUCUCGGUGUUGCUGCCGGUGUAGAAGGCACAUUGCCAUGGAUGAUCGCCCGUGCCAGGAAGGUGUAUUCCACCAGCACGGGCGACAUAAUGGUCAGAAUAAGACAUCCAGGCGGUGUCGUUGCAGUCGGAGCAGCUAUGCGCGAUGGGCAGGUCACAAGUGCAAAGGUAAUUAGGACAGGUCGCAGGUUGAUGAAGGGUAUUGUGUGGUGGUGAAGGUUUCCCUCGUGCAAUGUUGGUAUAGCGUCAUAAAUGUACAUAGCAUUCACAGCAAUUUGGAUGUACAUGGCAGACUAAAUAAGAUGCAAUGCGAAGAAUACAAUCCAACCUCU